AUGACCCAAUCCGACCCCCAAACCACCAGUAUCUCGAACCCCUUCCGCACGCGCAUUCUCUCCGGGCAAAUAACCCCCCUCCUAACAGCCAAGUACCUAACGACCAACGAGCUCCCCCUUCUCUGUAAAACGACCUCCAUCCAUGCCGUCUUCAUCGACAUGGAGCACUCCGCCCUGGACAUGCGCACCGUGUCUCAACUAAUACUCGCCUGCCACUGUGCCGGCAUCUCGCCCGUCGUGCGCUCGCCCUCAAAGUCCCACUUCCAUAUCAGUCGCAUCCUGGAUGCUGGCGCCUCCGCGGUGGUAAUCCCGCACGUGGAGUCCGUCGAAGAAGUGAAGGAAAUCGUGCAGCAUGGAAAGUACGCUCCCCUGGGGAAGCGCGGAUGCACGAACAACCAGCCGGCGUUUGGGUUCCGGCACGUUUCUACGAAGGUGCAGAAUAAGGUGCUCAAUGAGCAGACGAUGCUGAUCCCGAUGAUGGAGACGCCUGGGGCGGUGGAGAUUGUGGAAGAGAUUGUGGCUGUUGAGGGGGUGGAUGGGAUUUUGGUGGGUUCGAAUGAUCUCUGUUCGGAUUUGGGGAUUCCGGGGGGUUAUGAUACUGCCGAGUAUCAGGAUGCGGUGAGAAGGGUUAUUAAGGCGUGUGUGGAUGCUGGGAAGCCGGUGGGUAUUGGAGGGAUUGGGGGGAGGUUGGAUAUUUUGGAGAUGUGGUUUAGGUUGGGGGCGACGUGGUCGUUGGGUGGACAGGAUGGGGCCAUGUUGCAGGCGGGGAUGAAGGGUUUGAGUCAGAAGUAUGAGGAGAUUAAUGCGAGGUUGGAGAGGGAGUAG